CCGACCUGCGCCCGGCCACGGGGAGCCUGGUGUUGGCUGUGGGCUGCAGCGUGCUGCUGACAGCGCCCGCGCUGCGGGGCAGCAGGGCUGGCUCCUGGGAGUAUCGGGCGGGCUCGGAGGAGAGGGCCAUCUUCAGCUAUGCCUUCUGUCACCCCCGCAACGUGUCCCUGCUUUACAAGAACCGUGCCACCUUCAACGAGUCCAACAUGUCGCUGCAGGUGGUGCUGCAGCGUGGGGACAGCCGCUUCUACCGCCUCAGGGCCCAGGAGGAGGCCAUGGCCUGGUUCCAGCUGCACGUUGUGGAGCCGCUGUCCCAGCCAAAAAUCGUGGGCAACUCCUUGGUGAAGGCAGGAGACAACGCCAAACUGGUUUGCAGUGUGGUGAAAGGGGAGGCAGAUGCCUACUGGUGGAAGAAAAGUGGGGAGCUGCUCCUGGGAAGUGAGCGCAUCUACUUUGUGGAGAACUCCACGCUCUGCAUCCUGCAGGCAACCAUCAGCGACAGCGGCUACUACACGUGCGUGGUGAGCAACGCAGUGAGCCAGAAUGAGACCUCCUUCCUGCUCCAGGUUUACCACUCUCCGAACGUGAUGCUGCCUGUGAUCCUGACCUGUGUCAUCAUUGGCUUGCUCGCAGGUAUCUUCGUCUGGUGCCAGAGAAGGGAGAUCUCAUGUGACAGCUGUUGGUAGAGCUGGGUCAGGCCUGCUGUUGCCUGUCCCUGGUGAAGGAUACUGCUGGGAGUGCCAGCAUCCCUUCCUAGGCUUUCCUAGGCUCACUUGUGGAGUGUUCAAGCUGCCAGAACCUGCAAAUAAUAUUUGGAAAAC